AUUCUAACAUUGCGACUUAAUAAAAAAAAGACUUGAGGAAGUACUAAAAGGAGGGAAGCGAAACGGCAGUAGAGUCGAGUCAUUGACGAGCUUGGGGCGGCAUACAUUUUCAUUUCUCGGUGACAAAGUUAGAGGAGAGAGAAAGAGAGUUUGAAAGUUGAAAAAAUGGCCGGAAGAGAAGAUUAUCGCAUUUUUGUUGGAGGGUUAGGUUGGAAUACCUCGCAAAGGCACUUAGAAGAUGAAUUUGCUCGUUAUGGAAAAAUCAUUGAUUGUCUAGUAAUGGUGGACAGGGAGACUGGCCGUCCUCGUGGAUUUGGAUUUAUAACAUUUGCUGACCGCAGAGCCAUGGAAGAUGCUAUAAGGGGUAUGCAUGGUAGAGAGUUGGAUGGGCGCGUUAUUUCAGUGAACAAGGCAGAGCCACGAAUGGGAGCUGAAGAUCCCUAUGCUGCGUAUGGUGGCGAUCGUAGAUCAGGUGGUAGGGAAAGCUAUAGAGGAGGAGAUAAACUAGGGGAUCGAUCUGAUGAAUGCUUUAAGUGUGGUCGUGCGGGGCACUGGGCUAGGGAUUGCCCUUCAAGCGGUGGUGGCAGGUAUUCUUCACAAUCUGAAUUUGGUAGAUCUAGUCUACAGGGAGAACGUGAUUAUGAUCGUUAUUAUGAGCGUCCUAGUGGGGGACGCUACGAAAGUAGGGAUCGUUUGGAUAACAGAGAUGGGUAUGGUCCCCGUGAUCGCUACAGCAAUGAUAGGUACCCGUCUGCUGGUGACCGUUUUGGAAGUGAUAGAUUUGCGGACAGGUACCCCCAAAAUGGAUAUGGUCGGGAUAGGGACUACGAAAGAGAUGGAGGCAUUAGAGGUGGUGAUAGGUAUGCUGCUGGCGGACCAACCCGGUACGACAAAGGAAGCUUCAGAGACAGGGCUCACCCCUAUGAUGCUCCUCGCAGAAGCAGCCGGCGCUGAUAUCAUUGUUGGUUUUGCUCUGCAAGUGCUGUGCAAACUUUUGUUUGUCUGAACUUAUCAGUUUUCUAGAGCUUUGUUUUCUAUGUAGCUGCAGAAUGUUGGAUACCGUCUACUAUGCAUAGCUUGCCUCUGUUCAUAUUCUGCCCAGAUUUGCUGUAUGUUCUACAGUGUUUUUUUCGGCUUUUUUGGAUCAUUAAGGUGCAUUUGGUAGCAAAGCUGCAACACGUGGAAGCAGUUGUGAAUUUCUAAUACUUCUAGCUGGCAGCAUUCAUUGGUAGAAGUAAAUUUAUGUAGAAUCCUAGCCAUGACCGGAUAUUCUGCUAGAGGAGUGUCUGAGAUAGUUGAGACUCUCUUGUAGCUUCUCUGAAUUGCGGUUUCUAGUAUGCAUGAGUGGCUAUCUUUUUGAGUUUGAAGUUGCAACCAUCUCUAUGCUGAUCAUGGAAAAAUAUAAGCUUGUAGUUGCUGUAAGUAACAAGAUCUUCCGAGGCUGAUGGCUUGUUCCAGUAUUAUUGUUGCUGCAGCUAGUCAGAAUGAAGCCAGAGGUUUAGACAGGGUUCUGUGCUGUGUGUGAGUUUUAAUUAAACCUGACUGGAGAUUUUGUUCGGCCCAACACAGGAUAUACGUAGUUCAUUUUACAAUGUGUGUGUAUGUGACAUCUUUGUGCAGCCAAGUAAGUUGAUGAACGACCUCUCUGGUAGUUUAUGCGUGUCA